AUGGGCCAGUUCCUAUGUAAGUACCACCGUAAGUACCACCGUAAGUACCACCGUAAGUACCACCGUAAGUACCGUAAGUACCACCGUAAGUACCAAGUACCACCGAAGUACCCUAAGUACCACUGUAAGUACCACUGUAAGUACCACUGUAAGUACCACCGUAAGUACCACCGUAAGUACCACCGUAAGUACCCCUGUAAGUACCCCUGUAAGUACCACCGUAAGUACCACCGUAAGUACCACCGUAAGUACCACCGUAAGUACCACCAACCCCAGGACGGAGUGCAGCCCUGGUUCAUCACCAAACCUAAGGCUCUGAGUGCCACUGUGGGCCAACACGUGCUGCUGUCCUGUGCCAUCGCCGGAGACCCCUUCCCCCAGUUCACAUGGAGCCGCUGUGAGGUCGGCCGCCCCCUGAGCUCUGGAGGGGACUAUGAGCUGCUGCAGAAGGAGGACGUCAUCUCUCUCCUCAUCAGGCGAGUCCAGCAGCACCAUUCGGGGGAGUACCUGGUCAGCCUCAGGAACUCUGUGGGAGAGUGCAGCGCCGUGGCCUGCCUCUCGGUCAGCAACGAGGGAGAGGGCGAGAGGAGCAGAGCGCGCAGAGCAGCAGCCUCAGUGGACCAGCAUAGUCCCACAGCGGCAGGAUCGGAGGAGAGUGCGCAGUGGCAGAGCUCCGAGCCGGAGUUCAAGCAGCAAGGCGGCAAAGAAGAAGAUUCCCAAACAGCCAAGGAAGACCUAGGCGCUCCGAGGGGUCUGCUGAAGCGCUCGGUGGAAACCAGGGAGCGCGGCGAAGACGAGAUCCGCCAACGGGAGGCACAGCAGUUAGAUUUUCGCUCGCUGCUCGGACGCCGAAGCACCCCCAGUAACAACAACAACAGCAGCAGCAUUAGUAGUAAUAACGAUUUCGGGACUGGUCAAGAGGAUACCAUGGAUUUUAAAGCAAAUCUCAAAGGGCUCAAGUCCAAAUUCGAGGAUGACCGCAAGAGCAACUCCACGCAACAGGUGGAUUUCCGGGCCGUUUUAGGGAAGAAGGGAUCGGCAGCAAGUCCACCUUCCAAUGCUGGGAACAAACCGGGCGACAAUAAGAACGCCACAGACUUCCGAUCGGUGCUGGCCAACAAGAAGAAGGCUCCGGAGAAGAACGGGGAGACACCAGAGAAACCAGCAGAGAAGGAAAAGGAGAAAGCAGCGGUUAAUAACUGCGUAGACGGAGCUCAUCAUGAGAAGAAAGCAGCAGCAGCAGGUGCAGGUGGAGGCGGAGGUGCAGCUGGAGGCAAAGGGCCGGAGUUUAAGGAGAAGCUCAGUGAUGUGACGGCGGUGGAUGGACAGAGGCUCCGGCUGCAGUGCCGCUUGGCUGACCCCGCGGGCGCCACGGUCACCUGGACACUGGACGGGAAGGUCAUCAAGGCGUCAAAGUUCAUCGUCUUAGCGAACGAAGGCGGCCUGUGCUCCCUCAGCAUCGACAAAGCUUUGCCUGAGGACGAGGGCCAGUACAAGUGUGUCGCGGAGAACGCCACAGGUAGAAGCGAGUGCUCCUGUAUGGUGCUGGUGGUCGACCCGGCAGAGAACUCCCCGGCUGACAAGAAGUCCAAGAAGGCCACGCCGACUUCAGAGAGUGAAGCCAGGAUAAAGAAGCCAACGCCAAAAACACCUCCGAGACAAGCCAUGCCUCCUCAGAUCCUGCAGUUCCCAGAGGACAUGAAGAUCUUGGCUGGGGAGAAGGUGGAGAUCCUCUGCAGGUUCUCUGGAGCUCCGACCGUCAACUGCACCUGGCUCAAGUUCAGGAAACCAAUCCAGGAGGGGACGUCGGACAUCUCCAUUGAGAGCACAGACAGCAGCAGUAAACUGACCAUCGCCAGCGGUCAGCAGGAGCACUGCGGCUGCUACACUGUGGAGCUGAGAAACAGCUACGGGCUCCGUCAGGCCGCUCUCAACCUCACCAUCGUCGACAAGCCAGACCCUCCAGCAAAGGUCCCGGCCGCCUCAGACGUGCGGCGUUCCAGCCUCACCCUGUCCUGGUACGGGCCCACGUACGACGGGGGCAGCGCAGUGCAGUCCUACAACCUGGAGAUCUGGGACUCGCUGGGGAACGAGUGGAAGCACCUGGUGUCCUGCAACAGCACCUCCUACAAUGUACAGAACCUCCUCCCCGAGCGCCAGUACAAGUUCCGUGUGCGGGCGGAGAACAUGUACGGUGUGGGGGAGCCCAGCGUGGAGUCCGAGCCGGUGACCGUAGGACUGGUGGACGAUGAGACCCAGGAGGAGGCUGAGGAGGAGGAUGACGACACAGAGAAGGAGCCGGACUACAGAGACGUGAGCAUCAGGGUCGACGUGAAGGUGAAGGACCUGUACGACGUGGAAGAGCGCCUCGGGACGGGAAAGUUUGGCCAGGUCUUUAAACUGGUGGAGAAGGCCACAAAGAAGAUCUGGGCGGGAAAGUUUAUCAAGGCGUACAAAGCCACAGACAAGGACAACGUGAGGCAAGAGAUCAGCAUCAUGAACAGCCUGCACCACCCCAAACUAGUGCAGUGUGUGGACGCCUUCGAGGGCAAGUCCGACGUGGUCAUGGUGCUGGAGCUUAUUUCCGGAGGCGAGCUGUUCGAACGAAUCAUCGACGAGGACUUUGAGCUCUCGGAGCGGGAGGUGAUCAAAUAUAUGCUCCAGAUCAUCGACGGGGUCAGCUUCAUCCACAAGCAGGGCAUCGUGCACCUGGACCUAAAACCAGAGAACAUCAUGUGUGUCAACAAGACGGGCAGCAAGAUCAAACUCAUCGACUUCGGACUGGCUCGGAGACUAGAAAACGCAGGCACUCUGAAGGUGUUGUUCGGGACCCCAGAGUUUGUGGCUCCGGAGGUGAUCAACUAUGAGGCCAUCAGUUAUCCCACCGACAUGUGGAGCAUAGGGGUCAUCUGCUACAUCCUUCUGUCGGGUCUCUCUCCAUUUAUGGGCGACAACGACAACGAGACCCUGUCCAAUGUCACCUCGGCGACCUGGGACUUCGAGGACGAGGCUUUUGACGAGAUCUCGGACACGGCCAAAGACUUCAUCACCCAGCUGCUGCGCAAGAACAUGAAAACUCGACUGACGUGUGCUCAGUGCUAUGAACACCCCUGGCUCAAACAGGACACUAACACCAUGAAGGCCAAGAAGCUAUCCAAGGAGAGGAUGAAGAAAUACAUCCUCAGGCGGAAGUGGCAGAAAACAGGCCAUGCAGUGAGGGCCAUCAGCAGAUUGUCUUCCAUGGCCAUGAUGGCGGGGGUCAGCGCCAAGAAAGGUUCUCCUACAGAAGAGGAUAACCCGUUUCUGGAGUGCCUGGAGUACGAGCAGAAGGCGGAGUGCAAACCCACAUUCAGCUCUGUCAUCAAAGACGUGGAGGUGGUGGAGGGCAGCGCUGCCCGCUUCGACUGCAAGAUUGAAGGUUUCCCAGACCCUGAGGUGGUGUGGUACAAAGAUGAGCAGCCCAUCAAAGAGACCAGACACUUCCAGAUCGACUACGACGAGGAGGGCAACUGCAGCCUGGUCAUUUCAGAGGUUUCUGGGGACGACGACGCAAAGUACACAGUGAAGGCGGUGAACAGCCUGGGGGAGGCCACAUGCACGGCAGAGCUGCUGGUGGAGGUGAUGGCUGAAGAGGAAGAGGAGGAGGAAGAGGAGGAGUGA